AGUCAAUUUCAAAGUCUUGAUCAUUGUGAUGGGGUGCAUUGGAGGACUUAUACUGCUCACGAUCACAAUCUGUAUCUGUCGCUGCUGCUGCUGCAGGAAAAACAACUCAGACAGUUAUGCCAAAGAUGAAGCUAAAGUUGAAAGAAAGAAGAUGGAACGCAAGGCCAAGAGUGACGAAAGGAGAGCGGAAAGAAAGAGUAAGACAGAUGAAAUCAGGAAAAAGUAUGGAAUCGGUUUCAAAGGUCUUAUCAAGGAUGACAACCCGUACUCCAGAUUUGAUGCUUAAUCAUCGAAGGAACAGAGGAACUAUUAAAAGUCCAAUUUCAAGUGCUGUGCAGUCUAUUUUUUAUACCAGUACAAAUGCACAGAAUAUUUUUAACUUAAUUUGAUUUUUUUAACUGUUGAUUUUGGUCAAAGAUGUAACAAGUAGUUUAAAUUGGAAUCAGUCAAAAAGUUGAUGUAAUAUUAUGGUAAGUGCCAACAAAUCUAUAAUAUAUAUAUAUAAGAGAGACUUUUUAUAUUUAAAUGAAACAUUAAAUUAUUGAUAAAUUAUAUCUAUUUAUUGAAGAGCAUCAAAUUAAAACAUGUUUUACAGUACAUGUACAUCUAGAAGUUGCCAUUGAUUGACUGCAUUUGAAGUUUUUCAUUGAUCUAUUGGUGGUUUGAGUUACAAGUUAACUUCAUUUUUCAGUUAACAAUAAUCAAGUUAGCCUAAUUGAGGUUAAUUUUCCUACUAUAGUGUAAAACCUGUGUUAACUAAUACCCUGUGAAAUUUCAUUUUUCAGUUAACAAUAAUCAAGUUAGCCUAAUUGAGGUUUUCCUACUAUAGUGUAAAACCUGUGUUAACUGAUACCCUGUGAAAAAACAAAAAAAAUCAUAUGGUCAAAUAAAAAAGGCAGGAUGUCAGAACAGUGUUUUUGGAGGUUUCCAUCAGAAAUUUGGUUACAGUGUUAUUUUGGAUCGGACAAGGUGUCGGAAUACACAGGUCUUGAUUGUUGGCAUUCUCCAUGCAUUAUAGUGUUUGAUUAAACUAGAUAUCAGAACACUCAGAGAUCAGAUUUGACAGGUUUGUUAGAAGAUUUGAUUUUGGAGUUCAUCAUUAUAGCUGAGUUCCAUUUUGUUUGUUUGCUUUGAUAAAUACUUUUUUAUUGAACACUAUAUAGACAUCACAUUGUGCUCCGACAUUGAUGUAUCUUGAUGAAUAUAGAGAUAUGUUUUAAAUUGGAGACACUUACCUGAGAUAUUUUUCUAAUAACUUCAUCAAGACGAAUAAGCAUUCAACAGAAAACCUGUGUUCUUAUAGGGUAUUGUUAAUGUUCCUAGCCUACAUAAUAUACACAGGCCCAUGAGGUAUGGACAGGUGUCUCGACUACAUAAUAUACACACAGGCCCUUGAGGUAUGGUCAGAUGUCUAUCCUACAUAAUAUACACACAGGCCCAUGAGGUAUGGUCAGAUGUCUAUCCUACGUAAUAUACACACAGGCCCAUGAGGUAUGGACAAUUGUGUUGCCUUGAUAAUAUGCACAGGUCCAUGAGGUAUGGGACAGGUAUCAUCUAGACUACAUAAUACACACAGGCCCUUGAGGUAUGGACAGGUUUCUAGACUACAUAAUACACACAGGCCCUUGAGGUAUGGACAGGUUUCUAGACUACAUAAUAUACACACAGGCCCAUGCAGAUGUCUAGCCUACAUAAUAUCACACAGGCCCUUGAGGCCUGGAACAGGUGUCUAUAGCCUACAUAAUGUACUCACAUAGGCCUAUGAGCUAAGUACAUGUACCGGUGUCGGUCUCAAUCCUACAUUACAUAGACCUAUGAUAUUCUAUUUUCACUAAAGACAUGUUUAUUUGUUAUUAAAAUUGCAUCCUUCCACACUUAGUAAAGGAUCAGAAUUGUGUGAUGUUUGAUGUUUUCUUCCUUGAAAUUGAUAUCAUUGUUUUGUGUAAUGGCAUUAUAUUUCGGUAUAUGUAUGGUACUGAAUGUUGUGUGUGCCAAACAUUUUGGAAUUUUGCACUGGACAUUUACGCAAAAUAUAACUUUCUGGUUUUCCUUUUUUCAAAUUUUAAGUUUGUUUAUUCAAAGUUAAAUCAUACAAAGCUGUUGCUCCUCAAAAACUUUGUUUUCUUGAAAGUCUGUAGUGCUAUUUUUGAAGUAUAUACAUUUUUAAUCACAUUCCUAAUUUGAUGUUAUUUGAUGAGAGUUUUUGAAGACUAAAUAAUACUAAUAUACAGGUCAUCCAACAUUGUACAAACUUUUUGUGUACGGUAACUAAUGCUACAUGGAAGUAGAAGGCUAAGCGAUUGCCUUCUUGCAAUAGCCUAUCUUAUAUAAUUACUAUAUUCGACCUAAUAAGCGCACCUUCCUCUAUAAGGUCAACCCCCACAUUUUACAAGAUAAGAUGAUGGUCAUACUAAUUUAAACGUAUAAAAAGUUCCUUGUACCUCAAUGAUCUGUCAAUGUAAUAUCUUCAGUCUUCUAACCAAAGAGUCUAGAUUGUUUUCAUUACAUAAAGGUAUGAAAAUGAAAGAAAAAGUUGCUUUUUUCACACAAAUUCACAUGGAAGUUUUUGUCUCUUACAUGGUUUUAUUAAGUGCACCCAUAUAGUGUUUUUUAAGUGCACAUUACACUUAUUAGGUCAAAUACGGAAACGUCAAUGUAAUAAAAUAUUCUGGAAUGAAAAUUUAUUUCAAAUAUCAUGAUAUUUGCGUAGAACCAUAGAGGAAGGAAGAAAGUAUGCAUGGUUGCAGACAUUUCUACUCAAGGAAUAUUACAGGUGUGAAUUCAACAUUGUGAAAAUAUCCAAUUAAACAUCUUAAAAUAACACAGUUUCUAGCUCUGUAAGGAACCUUUUAGAAAUAUAAUUUUGCCAACUGACACUUAUGAUAUUUUGCAAAAUCUCUUCAAUAACACAUUCAAACACUGUUUGUUAAUCAUUUUAUUGAGUUUUUGAUUUAAUUCCCUUAAUUUGUUGGUGUACAUGUUUUGCUUAAAACAAUAAUAUUUUUUCCUGAUUCCAUAUGUAAAUUUCCUCACACUUCAGUUUUUAUUGAAUACCAUUCCUUCACAGUUUAACACUAUUUACAGUAAACAGACAUUUUGGCACAUUUUACCCAUUUUAAGUAUAUUCUCCACUUUGUGAAAUAUAAUUACGACUAACAUCUAUUUCCAAUUUGAUUUUCAUUGAUUUCUUGUCAAGAUUACAUUGUAAUUCAAAAAAUUAUUUGAAGUGAAAAUAAUUAUCUGAAUGCAAUUUUUUAUUGAAUCUGUACCUAUUAUCAAGAUAUUGACUUAGAUUAACAAUAUAUGUUGUUUUGUAGCUGUUUGGCAUUUUAAGUAACAUGACAAAAUACAGAAAUAUAUAUUUUAUAGAGAUAAGAAACUUAAAAAGAUAAAAAUUAAAGGUAUAUUCAACUGACAGCAUACUACAUUGUAUCCCAGUACCUUAAAUAAGGUUUCUGGUAUACAGUUAAACCUCGUUAUCCAAACUCAAGUUUUAUCAUGAAAAAACUAUAACUAAGAUAUCCUGAGUAUUUUAAGAAAUCAGGUAUGAUUUAUAUAUAAUUUCAAUUGUCUGGACUGAAUUUUUACCCCAAGUUUAGCUGAGUCUUCAAGUUAUAAGAGUUUGAGUUAACAAAGUUUGACCUUCUCUAGAUAAUUCUUGUGCAAUUUAAAGCCGUUGUUUUGUUAUUCAUUUAAAUGAAACAUAUUUCAUUGUACAUUUUCAUCAACAUAUAGAUAUACUGUUUUGCCAUAUGCUUUAUUUAUUCUGAUGCUUUUUAUCAUUGUUUCAAUCUGGCAAAGAUAGGUCCAUCAUUCUCUGAAGCAUUGGUUAUUGUAAACAUACAUGUACCUAUCUCAGUGCUAAAUGCUAUUCCAAUAAAACAUCUAUCUGACUAAGACUCGUUGAAUUUGAUUGUGUUAAAGUAACACAUGGAAACAUAUGUGUAAAUCUAUUGAAUAGUUUAGAUGAGUUCCAGGACUAUCGGAAUAUUUUACUGUAAAGUCACUUUGUAAUAAUGUAUUGAAUCUUUAUACACAAAUUCCAGAAUGCUGGAGUCUUUAAGUUAUAGAAAGAGAUGUUACUGAUGGAUAUUGCGUAUAAAUUGUGGAUUUACAGAAAUAUUAGAGAGCUGAUAUAGGUACAUGUACAUGAAGUUGUGUUGAUUGCCUUGUUUAAUGACCAAUACAUUACAAAAUGUUAUUAAUUCUGCUGAUAUUUCUUUGGUAUUUGAUUUUUUUUUGCUGAUACAAAACGAGAUACCAUGAUAAAUAUGAUUUAUAUGAAUGAUAAUCAAAUUUUUAUUCACUCUACUUUCUUGAUAAAGAAGUAAACAAAUAAUUGAAUAAUAAGUUAAGAAAUUUAAGUUUCAUUUUUUAAAAGAAGUAAAAGAAAAUGAUUUAAUAAUAAGCUUAGAAAGUUUCAUUUUUGCACACAGGUUAAAUCUUGAUGAUACUUGUGAGUGAACAUCAGGUUUCUGAAGCCGUCCAGUAUCGAUAACUUCCAAAUUAUCCGGAUCCGAAAUUAGUUGUUAGGCAACUGUACACUUGGGUUUCAGUUGUAUAAAAACAAGAUACAUA